UAUUAUCAGAACAUUCAACAUUCAGUAUUUGGAAAAUUGGAAUUUGAAAGGUAAAUUAAUUUCUCAAGUGCACCAUUUAGUGUAUACUGAUGUGAUUAAUAGGUACUUACAAAUCAGGACAUCUAUCGUUUUUAAAAUAAAAUCUUCAAUUGUCUAAUGCUUUUAAACAUUACCUCGCAUUGGUUUUUGUAAUAUUUUUGUCACAUUAAAUUUUAAAACUAUUUAAGUGUCGACAUUUCAAUAAAAUGGAAUUCAGUAGCAACUUAGUGAAAGUUCAUUUAGCUAAUUAUCUAGCCAAUUUACCAUUGCCAAAUUCAUUUUUUGGUAUUUUCAAAUUAGGUGGUAAAGAUAUAGUGAGAUUAAUUCCGUUUUAUGCUACGAUUGGUGGGAUAUGUUACCUUUCAUACAGAGUUGUCAAACCAAGACACCCUGUUAACCCAUCAAUUAAAAAAGAAUCUCCAAAAGUGGUUGAUGGUUUUGACAUUGAAGAGUUAGGUGAAAGUACAGCAUUCUGUCGUUGUUGGAGAAGUUCUAAAUUUCCUUUAUGUGAUGGUGCUCAUAAUAAGUACAAUGUUGAACAAAAGGACAAUGUUGGACCAUUGAUAAUUAAGAAAAAAUAAAUCAUUAUUGCUAGUUUGAAAUCAUUGAAUACAUUUAUAAAAAUGUUUGUUAAUUGUUUUAGUUUAGUCUUAUGUUUUCAUUCAGUUAAAUAGAAUACAUAUUUGCAUUUA